UGGAAGAGGUCGACCCAGUCCCAGUUCAGAUUCCGCAAAACAGGCAGUCAGGCUCAGGCACCAACACCAACCAUGGCCUCCGCUGCGACACCUGCGCCUUUGCUCCCCGUGACCAGCACGGCUGCCGGCGGCGGCUCCGCGCCGUCCUCCGCCACGGGCCUCUCCGACGCGGCGCUCGCCACGCCGGCCUUCCGCCUCUUCGUGAGCCGGCUGGCCGAGACGGCGCGGCGCUCGCUCGCGGACCGGCGCCCAUGGACGGAGCUGCUGGACCGAUCGGCUUUCUCCCGCCCCGACUCCCUCUCCGAGGCCACCUCGCGCCUGCGCCGCAACCUCGGCUACUUCCGCGUCAACUACGCCGCCGUCGUCGCCUUCUCCCUCGCGGCCUCGCUCCUGGCGCACCCUUUCUCCCUCCUCGUCCUCCUCAGCAUCCUCGGCGCCUGGUGCUUCCUCUACGUCUUCCGCGCCCCCGACCAGCUCGUCGUGCUCUUCGGCCGCACCUUCACCGACCGCGAGACGCUGCUUGGCCUUACCGUCGCUUCUGUGCUCGCCUUCUUCCUCACCUCCGUGGCUUCGCUCAUCAUCUCCGGGCUGCUUGUCGGGGGCGCCAUUGUCGCAGCGCACGGCGCCUGCCGCAUUCCAGAGGACCUCUUCCUUGAUGAUCCGAGCGCUGCGUCCAGUGGAAACACCACCAGCAGGCUGAUCUCCUUCCUUGCGUCGCCCGGAUCUGGGGUUUGAUGCAUCAAGGACCGGUAGGAAAUUCUUGUGCUCGGCGAAUUCAGUUGAAGUCAAAUAGAGAUCUGAUCCAGAAGCUGUAUAAACCAGCUCCUUGCUCAUGUGGUACCUCACCUGCGAGUAGCAUUGUAUAAGUGGAUCCGAUUUUUCUGUUCUACUUUGUGUGGAAUUACGCAAGGAUCUGCAAUUGCUGUACUUCUCUUGCACUUCACCAGAUCUGGUGACAAUGACCAUUAAGCAUUGUCAAAUGCCAACAUGUAUCGGUGUGAUCUUUACAUUCAUCAUUCAUGUGUACAACUCUACAUCAUGACAAAUUUUAUGGAUCUCUGGUUAUUUUUGCCUC